UCAAGUGUCUGUUACAGAUUCUGCCGUCUUGAGCAAUGUAUCAGAGGGCUCAGAUAUAUUGGCAACAAUAGCAGACAACAGAGAUUGGGAGAGAUUGUUGCAGACUCCCUUUCCUUUGCAGGGGAAUUCACUUACUGAUUAUUCAACCACGAAUAUUAUUUAUUAUUUGAUUCAGUGGGACAUAAAAGGUGCCAGGGACGGAAUAUUCAGUGCAAUGACAGAAUGCUGUGUCAGUAGAAGCAGCGAGCUGUAAGAAGUUUUCUGUAUUUGAUUAACACCGAGCUGUGGCCAUUCCUUGCCAACGCAGCAGUUGCCCAAACCAUGCAUGUGUAAGAGCAAACCAGAAAUAUGGAAUAUUGGGCCAUGAUGCCUCGAGAACGUUCACUGAAUUAUUAGGAAGUUUGAGGGAUUGUCCAUCUAUUAUGUGUAGUCACUGGCUGAGGCUAAACUAAGGACUGCUUGACAAGCAGGGGCAGCAUGUACAAGAGGAAUGGCCUAAUGGCCAAUCUGAGGGUCACGUCAGCCACACCAGAGGCCAGUAGCAGCUCGGACUCUCUCGAUGGGCAGUAUUCAGAUUAUGCAAUGAAAAGUUAUGAUGCAGUUGUAUUUGACGUACUUAAAGUGACCCCUGAAGAGUUUGCAAGCCAGAUUACUUUAAUGGAUGUCCCAGUAUUUAAAGCAAUCCAACCUGAGGAACUAAGCAGCUGUGGAUGGAACAAGAAAGACAAACACAUCCUGGCACCAAACAUCGUUGCAUUUACAAGAAGGUUCAAUCAGGUCAGUUUCUGGGUUGUCCGAGAGAUCCUUACUGCUCAGACGUUGAAAAUAAGAGCUGAAAUAUUGAGCCAUUUUAUAAAACUCGCUAAGAAAUUACUGGAGUUAAACAAUCUCCAUUCUCUCAUGGCUGUGGUCUCUGGUCUGCAAAGUGCACCAAUCUUCAGGCUUUCCAAAACCUGGGCAUUGGUCAGUCGGAAAGACAAAGCCAUGUUUGAGAAGCUGGAUUACUUGGUGACUAAGGAAGACAACUACAAGAGAAUGCGCGAAUUUAUCAGCAGCUUGAGGAUGGUUCCCUGUAUCCCCUACUUGGGGAUUUACUUGUUGGAUUUGAUCUACAUCGACUCUGCCUAUCCAGCGUCGGACAGCAUCAUGGAGAAUGAGCAGAGAUCCAAUCAGAUGAACAACAUUUUGAGGAUCAUUUCAGAUUUACAAGUUUCAUUCAAUUGUGACUAUCUGGUGACAUUACCCCAUGUGCAAAACUACUUGAAAUCUGUGCGGUAUAUCGAGGAGCUGCAGAAAUUUGUGGAAGAGGACAAUUACAAGUUAUCCUUGAAGAUAGAAGCUGGAAAUAGUUCUCCUCGUCUGGUCUCUUCCAGAGAGGAGCUUGCAGGUCCCUCUGAGGUUUCAGCGUCAGUGAGGUACAGCCGGAGACCAACGUGUCCUGAUGCCUCGGUCACAGGAAGCAUCGGCACUCCCCCGGUGCCUAGGCACAGGAAGAGCCACAGCCUGGGAAACAAUGUGAUGUGCCAGCUCAGUGUGGUGGAGAGCAGAAGCGCGACGUUCCCGACCGAGCGACCACGGCACCUCCUGGAUGACAGCGUUCUGGAAAGUCACAGUCCGGCCAAGAACCAGGAGACCUCCAUUUUUACCAACGGAGUGUCAAUUGGGAGCAGUGAAAGUUCCGAGUUCAGUGAGGAGCUCUCUUCAGGAUUAGAGAGGAAUCGGCUGUAUGCAACACUAGGCCCGAAUUGGCGGGUUUCAGUAAGGAAUUCCCCAAGGAAUCGAUGCAGCAUUAACAGUCCAACAGACACCUGCAGUUACCACUUAAGUGGUACAAAUGGAACCAUCACUAUCGAAGGGCCAUUGAGAAGGAAAACUUUGCUGAAGGAAGGCAAGAAGCCAGCAUUGUCAUCAUGGACUCGCUACUGGAUCAUUCUCUCUGGAUCACUUCUGUUGUAUUACACUGCAAAGUCACUGAGAGCCUCCGAGAGGAAGCAUUUCAAGUCGUCACCCAGUAAGAAGGUGUCAAUAGCAGGAUGGAUGGUGGUUCUGCCUGAUGACCCAGAGCACCCAGAUAUCUUCCAGCUGAGUGACCCAGAUAAAGGAAAUGUUUACAAGUUCCAGACUAGCUCACGGUUUCAUGCAAUACUGUGGCACAAACACUUGGAUGAUGCUUGCAAGAGCAACAGACCACAGAUACCCACCAACCUUAUGUCGUUUGAGUGAACAUUUGAAGACAGCACACAAGAUGUGAUCAAAGUGCCAACCCAAGCAAUGGGAAAUCAGACUAUUAAGUGGAUUAAUAACAAGGGAAAGUGAAGAAAAAAACAAUCUUUACAAGGAGUAAUUUGUUCAUCGACUGCCAGCGUUGAAUACCGAAGCGCUUUUUUUUUGACACUCUUAUUACAUGACCCCCCAAAAUGAUUUUGGUAGGUUUUGGAAAAAGGAUGUGAUCGACUGCUCCAGAUGUAUGGUGUCGGCUGCAGAGAUUAGGCAGAGCUUUGGCAGUGUUGAAACUACAAACUGCUUCACGAAGAAGAGUUAGUGACCAAGGAACUGUAUGUAAUGACUGCUGCCUAAAACAUUUUUUUUUAAAUGUUUUUUUAUUCUCAAGCUGCUUUAUUGUGAACAAUUUUUUAGCCCAUGUUGGGUAUUAACUUUCUUAUGCACAAAACAGGAUACUACUGACAGUAUUAACAGGCUGCAUUGAGUGGCAUUUCGGGGAAUAAAUCAGUGAAUGAGAACUUUUUUUUAAUGACAUGCACUGAAUAGUUUGGUGGACUGGCGGCUGCCUCUGCAUUGGUGAUCAGUAUGUGUUGUUCUUGCAUUUCUUGUCUGGUGAACUCAUUGUGACCUUUGAGCAAACCAAACAGUUUAAGCCCAUUCCAUCCUGCCCCAGCCCAACAAUGUUGCUUCCAAGAGUAUCUGACCUUUUCUGGCAGUUUUUCUCCCCAAAGAGGAUCGAUUGGAGUUCUGGCCAGAGAACUUCUCCAGAGACGCUCUGGAAGAGGUGGAUCAGAGUAGCAAGGGGGGAAUCAAGGUUCACUGUUUGUCUCUGUAGCCCUGGUCCAACACUUCAAUGCAUCCUGCACUGCGCUGGACUUUUGUGCUUUUGUCCAACUUAACACUGCCAUUUUCAGCUCGUGUUUCAAAACAAAAUGUAAAUAACAUCCUGACCUGCAGCAGACAACAAUUUCUGUUUUGUUUCAGGUUUCCAGUAUUGUUGACUCUUGUAUCAUAUUCUUCUCCCAUUCAACUUGCUUCCAGCACCUCUAAAAGUAUUCUCCAAUUUCCCAGUAUCCAUUUUGUGAUUCAUGUGUAUGUCAUAGAUAUGUUACAGUGUAAUCUAUGAUAAACUCCAUUGUUAUGUAUUAUUUAAGGGUUGUAUAUAAUAGGUAAGGGUAUGAAUGAUAACCAGAGUUCACAAGGCUUCUUAGUCCAUACAAGUGAAACUUGAAAGGGUUUUCAAUAUCAUUUGAAGUGAAAAGUGUUACAACUUGAAAAUUAUUUUGUGCCACUGUAUUUAGCUGCAUCUCAUGGUUUCCGCUUGAAAUAUUCUAUUUAUGAAAGAAACAUUUUUCUUUUAAAAAGAACGUCUGUCACCAGUCAGACAAGCCAAAAUGACUAAUCUCUCCCGUCAGGGUGUCCCCUGGAGAAAAGGCGUGGGCAGCAGACAAGAGUUACAGAUCAUCCUCUGGAUUGCAUUGAUUUGCAGACUUUGAGGAAGAUCAAAAGAAACGGCUCACGUUUUCUGUGCAGGAACCUCAUCCCUUCCACCCCUCUGGUUCUGCAACUCAGAGUUCAGCAGCAUGUAUAAUUGAAAUACAUGGUUACAGUCGAAGCUCUACGAAGAAUGAUUCCUCAUAUUCCUGGGUCCCUGUCUCAGUCUUGCUUUGGACAGGGACCAGGAUGAGAAUGACGCUGAGCAAGUCAUCAAUUUGCAGCUAGAUCAAGAGAAAGAUCUUUAAGCUGUUCAUCCAUCUCCCAUUUUGUUCCCACAGAUAUCUGCCCAGCAGGCAGAUAUAGAUAUGAAAGGUCUUUUCAUUUGCUUGGCAUUGUUGUGAGUUGUGGGAAUAAAACCUAACUCUAUUUAUCUUCUCAGUGGUACCCUCAGCUGUGGACUACAAGCUGGGUACAAGUCUAGCCCUGGGUCAUAUGUAACCUGCCUCUGCAGAAACAAUAUUUUCACCCGUCACAAUGAACAGAGGCAAGUUCCUGCAAUACAUCAAGGGCAGCACUUCAAAACCACUUGUGUCUUUGAAGCAUGAAGUAUAAUGAAGAAACAGGCCAUUUGGCCCAACCAAACCUUGUUGACAUGUACUCUGUCUUUUACUCUUCUAAAUCUAUCAGCGUAACUCUCUAUUCCUUUCUCUAUCGUAUGCUUGUCCAGCCUCUCCUUAAAUGCAUCAGUGCUAUUUGCUUCCACUUCACAUCAAGGGAGCAAGAUCCACAUUCUCACCAUUCUUUGGGUAAAGAAGUUUAUUCUGAUUUGCUUAUUGGGCUUCUUGCUGUUAGCCUCUAGUUAGGGUCUUUCCCUCAAGUGGAAAUGCUCUCACUGCAGAGGUUCUAUCAUUACGUUAAAGACCUCUGUUGGGUUACCCCUCAGCCUUGUUUUUUCCCCCCCAUCUCAGAGUGGCAAAAAUAUCUUGAAAAGCAGGAUUAUGCUAACAUGUUCCUACAGCCAAAAUGCACUCGAUGCAUAUUUCCCUUUUGGUGAGCUGUUUGAUGAGAAUUAUUGCAACCUGUUAAGUUGGUUUUAUAGGGAAAAAGUGCAGGUUUGUUCACUCGCAUAAAUAGAGAUUAUAGCUUCUUUUGAGGGGAAUAAUGGCCUGACUGCAUAAAAUGUUUUGUUGGUCUUCUCCAUUUUAAUGUCACUUUUUUUUAAAAUCUAAUGUUGAUGUUUAAAGGUCAUCCCAUUAAGCGAGACCCAUUUCCCCAACCUGACAGCAUUGCACUGGCUGCUCUACGGAACAAGUUUUAUUUCUUCCAUUAGAUUUAUUCAACGACAACCUCAAAUAUUACUUUCUGGAUCCUCAAUGAUACUUUUGACACUUGAAUUCAAGAGUUUAUCUGUCUACCAUUCACUUAAUAUCAAUGUAUGCCUCAAUUGCAGAUAAGGAUUCUCUUGGCAUUAAGGUUAGUCAAAAAACAUAAGCGAACCAAUGUGAAGUAAGUCUAAUCCCAAAAAAGCUGGUGUGAAUCAAAUUUAAUUUUUUUUAAUUGUUAGUUGUGAUUAACAUACAGUCUUCUUCCCACAUACAGCUGAUCUGCAACCUUAACCUUGUUCAUAUCUCUACCCUAUAUUCCUUAAUUGUAUUGGUUUGUCCAUUAUCAGUUGAGAUGACAGAUGACUGUUGGUUUGCUUGGGUACAAUGUGGCCCCCCCACCCCCCAAUGCUAAAUUAAA